AUGGUGUUUACUCUAUUUACAGGGAUUGACCAUCAUAAUAGUUGUAUUACUUUUGCUGCUGGUUUCAUAGCAAAGGAAGAUAUAGUGUCAUUUGAGUGGUUGUUCAGAUCAUUUCUCAAGGAAAUGGGUGGAAAUGAACCGAAUUGUAUGAUUACAGAUCAAGAUCCAGCAAUGAAAAUUGUUGUUAAAAGUGUGUUUAACAAGACUGAACAUCGCUUCUGUAUGUGGCACAUAAUGAAAAAGUUACCAGAUAAGGUGGAGAAAUCAAUCAUGCAAGAAGAAACUGGUUUCCUAAAAAAAUUAUGUGCUUGUGUUUGGCAUCUUGAAAUUGAACCUGCUGAGUUUGAAGAAAGGUGGAACAAGGUGAUGGUUGAAUACCAUUUGGAAGAACAUGAGUGGUUAGAUUAUAUGUACAAGAUAAGGAACAAGUGGAUUCCAGCGUAUUUUAGAGAUGUGUUCCUUGGAGGAAUAAUGCGUACAACAUCAAGAUCCGAAAGUGAAAACAACUUUUUCUGCUCCUUUAUCAAUCCUCAUGUGUCACUUGUUGAGUUUUACUUGAUAUAUGAAGCUGCAAUUGAUGCCCAAAGACACACUCAAGGUCAGAAUGAUAAUGAUUCAAAGCAUAAAUAUCCUGAGUGCAAAACACCACUAGGGAUAGAAAAGCAUGCCUCACAUUUAUAUACUAACUCCGUCUUUUAUGAAUUUCAAUAUGAGAAAGAAAAUGGAUUGGGAGUCGCAAAAGUAAGUGAUGGAAAUUGGAUUAGAACAUUUGAUGUUGUGUUUAAUCCAACUAACUAUGACACCACAUGUUCUUGCAAGCUAUUUUAUAGACAAGGUAUUCCAUGUAGACAUAUGAUGUGGGUUUGGAAAGCAAAAAGGUUUGAAACCAUUCUUGAGCAGUAUAUGCUACACAGAUGGACUACUAUGGCACUGAAAAAACCAAUUUUUGACUUGGGUGGAAACCUGUUGGAGCAAUGUGCUAAUUUAAUUGACAAGAAAAAAUUGUUAAAUGAUUUAUGGUCAGAGAUACACACUUGUGUAAGUUUGGCAGAAGGAAAUGAUGAAGAUAUUCAAGAUCUUGUGAUAAAUCUUCAAGGAAUAAGAAAGGAUUUGGAGGCUAAGAGGAUUGCAAGAAAUAAUAAAACAACAGGAAGUGCAAACAACAAAGGAAAAGACAUUGAUCUAUUGAUUGGAGCUAGUGUGCCAACUGAAAUAAUUGUCAAACCUCCAAAAAUUUCAAAGAAUAAAGGGACUAGAGUUCAUGUAUCAAAUGAAGAGACUUCAAAAGAGAAAAAGGCUGAGAUUGAUGUGCCAAAUGUUGAAACAAGAGGUAGAAGUGCAAAAAGGCUGAAGGGAGAAAAAGAAAAGGUUGUAGAACAAAACUAG